UGAAAAUAUGAAGAUACUGUAAGCAUUUUGAAGAUCCAUAGGAUAUGAUGAAUUAAGAAUAACAAAGUAUUUAAAGUAUUGAAAUAUGAAAAGUUGUUCCCCUCUAUUCCUGAAGAAGCUGAUUUUUUAAAUAUUUGAAUGGUUUAAAUAGCUGAAAAUAUGAAGGAGAAAAAAAGGGGCAAAAAAGGUGGAAUAAAAAGUUGAAGCCUUCCAACUGAUUACGUAACAGCAGGACCACCAGCCGAGGACAGACACACGGACGUGAGUCAUCAUCCUCCAUAUUGAAGCUACUAUCACGUGUAUUUAUACCAGACACGUCAAGAGCAUCGUAACUGAUGACGUUAGAGGAGAUGCUGUUUGAGUUUGGGAUUUUUGAUGUUGUUGAUAUUACACGUAGUGGUCAAAACUGUCUAUUUAUAUUUUAAUUCUUUACAUUUUUUAUGACAUCUUUUUUGUUAUCUUUCACCAAAUAUAAAGAGGGUUAAUAAUCAGACUUGCAUUCAUACAAUUUAGAGUAGCAGCACCGGUUUGAACUGCAGUAGGUUUUGUUUUAUUUUUCUAAUUUAUACUUAAAAUGUAUAUAUAGAUAUAUAUCAGCAUUUUUUGCUUCUACCUAUAUCUUUUCAGUUUUGUAUAUUAUAUAGAAUAAUAUUGUAUUUGAUUUGAUUGACUGAAUACAAUAAAAUUUACACAAUUUAAUCAUAAAUGAACUAUUGAUGAUCCGUGCUGUCAGCCACUCGGGCCCCAAGAUGGCGACGCCUUAUGGGGGUAGAGAGGAGGAGGGGGCGGAGCAUCAACAGGGCCAUGGCGUCGUUGGUAGUCGUCAUAUUCCACCCUCCAGGCAUCGUCCUCGCCAAUCACGCUGUCGUUGCUGUCCGUUGACCUGGAGUGACCUCUCGUCUUCAGGCUGUAAUCCAUUCAUGACUUUAUGGCGUUUGAGUUGCUGACUAAACAAAUCCAGGUCCCGUGAAAUAUUACCUGCAGGAGAGGAGAAUGCUUUAAUGUUUAGUCCGACACGUCGUCCUGGGGAAGUGAACGAGUAUGUGUUCAUGGUCCAAGCCAGAGGGAUCCAGCUCAGGGAGAACGUGAGGAACAUCGGCUCUCAGGUUCUAGAGCAGGUGGUGAGAGGAGCUUACAGCAUCAACGGCACAGAUUAUGCCUACGACUUCAAUGUGAGCGAGAGCGAGGCUCCUCCCACCACAUACCUGCCCGAGGGCUUCACCUACCUCCCCUCUCAGGUCUGCCCUGAGCGGCUGCUGUCCAUGAAGGGCAAGAUGGAGGUGAAUAUGAGUGAGGUGUCUCUGGAGGAGGUGGAGAGGUCCCUGCUGGAGGGAGAGCCCAACAGGACCCUGGGAGGCUUCUGGAAGCCCAAAGACUGUUUACCUCGCUGGAAGGUGGCGAUCCUCGUCCCGUUCAGGAACCGACACGAGCACCUGCCGAUCCUCCUGAGGCACCUGGUGCCGGUGCUGCAGAGGCAGAGGCUCCAGUUCGCCUUCUACAUCAUUGAGCAGGGGGGCACGCAGCCAUUCAACCGCGCCAUGCUGUUCAACGUGGGCUACAAGGAGGCCAUGAAGGACCUGGACUGGGACUGCCUGGUCUUCCACGACGUGGACCACCUCAUGGAGAACGACCGCAACUACUACGGCUGCGCCGACAUGCCGCGGCACUUUGCGGUCAAACUCGACAAGUACUCCUACAUGCUGCCGUACAACGAGUUCUUCGGCGGCGUCAGCGGCAUGACGGUGAAGCAGUUCCAGAAGAUUAAUGGAUUUCCUAAUGCAUUCUGGGGCUGGGGAGGAGAGGACGAUGACCUCUGGAACAGGGUGCGGUACGCCAACUACAACGUGAGCCGGCCGCACGGCGAGCAGGGGCGCUACAUGUCGAUUUCACGCCACCAUCGCGGGGAGGUCCAGUUCCUGGGAAGGUACAGUCUGCUCCGCCACUCCAAGGAGAGACAGAAAGUGGACGGUCUCCUCAACCUGAACUACUCCCCCCUGGUGGCCAGGAGGCCUCUCUACACCAACAUCACGGUGCGCCUGAGCAGAGAGCUGGCGCCCGUGGCCGACUACUGAGGCGCCAAACCGCAAAACACACCCGUCAAUCAAAGUCCUCCGGGGGCGUCGGCCUCAUCUCAACGGGCGCGGCGGCGCUCGGGACUCUUUAGUUGAUCGAUUCUUCGCUUCUUCGUUUCUUUUUUUAAAAAUUUUGUAUGCAACAACAACAACAAAAGAAGAAGAAAACAACGGAGGGAAAAAAAAUGGACACUCGAAUAUAAGUAUAUCGGAUAAAUUGCUAAGAAAAUUAAGGAUAAAUGCUGCACACCUGCAGCCCAUCACUCCUCCCACCUCCUCCCGUCUCCACAUGCCUUUUGCACCAUUUUGGCCUUCAGCAUCAUAUUCAUAAAGUUCUGAUCCAGUCAACACUUAGUCCCACACGUAGUGUGUUUGUUUAUCUAAAUAGGCCACACACACACACUCACACACACAUACUCACACACACACACUCACUCACACGCACACACACAGAGCAGUCUGACUCACAUGUGCUGAUCUCCCCGAGGCUUUGAUUUCUUCUUUCUUUUUUUUUUAGCUCUGGCACUUUUUUUCUUCUUUUCUUCAUCAAUGCAGUAGAAGCGUGUGAAAACAUUUUGCACGCACGCACGACGGUGUCGACACACAAUUAUUAUUUUUUUAGCCCAGUGGACUCUCGCAGCUGGUUCUGCAGAAGGUUUGCCAAAAAAAAGUGAAGAAGACGAGCAAGAGGAAGAAGAAGAAAAAAGUGAUAAAAAGAGUGAGUGUUUUCAGUCACGUAUACUGUUUGUGAAAUCCUAACUUUAGAGAAUAGUAAUACCUUCAUCACCUCUUCACCAACUCUGUUUUAUUGUUGUGAACGUACCAUUUACACACACACAGCAUCACAUGAGAGCAUGAGAACGAGGCUGUGACGUUUGUGUUUGCUGCGUCGGCAAUAAGCUGCGACGUCAUCUCAGAACGGCAGAACGGGUCCCGGCUUCCCGGGUGCUGCCGAGCCCUCUGAUUGGACGACGGGAGAAAGAGAAAAAAAGACGCGAAAAAGAAAAAAAGGAAGUGACGGCGUAUGCAAACAUCACCAUCGACGCACCUUUGACUAAGCAAACGGUGUGUGUGUGUGUGUGUGUGCUAUGCAAAUGGCCUGUUGUCAGCGUGGGGUCGUCGGGUUGACCUCCAGGAGGCUUCUUCACCCCAAACCUCAGACCCGUGCCGGGGGCAAGAUAUAAUUUAGAUUUUUUUAGAUCCUCGACGUUUUUAAUCACCGUGGAAACUCAAGCCGCCGCUCCGUGUUUACAGAAAGCUUCGUGUUUACAGAAAGCUUCGUGCUUUGUUGUUGUCUUUGAGCCGGCCCCGCCUCCACCGUGGGCCCAACCAAUCCGUAGCUGCCUUCAUGUCUUCUUCUGCUUGUUAUCUGAGAUGUGGACAAGAGGUGUGUGUGGGGGGGGGGGGGGACCCUGAUUGGCUCGUCGGCCUCGUUCUCUUUUACCUGGCUGUUUGACACGGUGUUGAUUUUGAGUAAUUAUCACAAUACUGUAAACGUAGCUCCCUUUUUAUUUUAUAUCUUUUACAGAAAACGAGCAUCACCGCUGUCCCUCGUCAUCGAAGAUGCUUUUUUCUUCUUCUUUAAUUUUCACACACAAUCACCUUGUAUGCAUUACGAUGUCUCUUCUGGGGGGGGGGGGGGCUGGACCUCGUCUUAUUUAUUUAAAUCUUUUUAUGGAGUAUCUUCUGUGAUAAUUGGUUGUUUUGUUGUUGUCGCGGUUCACGUGACGACGUAGUCGCCGGCGGAUGCACUGAAACUUGUAGUUCUGUGUGUGUGUGUGUGUGUGUGUGUUCAUUUGAUGAAACGGACCGCGAGGCCAUUUUGUGUGACGACCACAGGAAGAGCGAGACGUAGUCAGACCAAAGCGACGGGUCGCCGGCGUCCACCUCCUUCAUUCUCGUAGAUAAUCAAUGGUGCUGACCUUUGCUGAACCCCCCCCCCCCCCCUCCGUUGGCGCCGGCGGGCCACGCGUCCUCACGUGUGUUUCCUGCUCACGCGUUCACCUCCCUGAGCGCCCGGGUUCCUGUUCCUCGUGUGUUUGAGUGGAAUGGCUUCUUUCUUUCUUUCUUUCUUUCUUCUUGUUUUGAAAGGUCCUCCAUCCAGAUGUUUGAGGUGUGUUUUUGUUUAAUUUUGUCUCCCAGCACUGGUCUGAACAUGAUUUGUAAUUAUCCGGUUGUGAACAACUCGCAGGUUAUUGUGACUCGUGUUCUAUAUAUAAUUGUUGCUUUAAUUAAAAGCUGUAGAUGAUAUUUAGCAAAAGCCAAACGGUUUACCUUUAUUUUCUUCUUUUUUUAAAUUAUUGCUUUAAAUUAAAAGCUGUAGAUGAUAUUGAGCAAAAGCCAAAUGGUUUACGUUUCUAUUUUAUUAUUUUUCUUUCGCUUAGGUGAGGGAUGCGACCCGCUCAGUCAGUAUUAGGCUCGAUGGACUUCACGAGCCAAUCACAGGGCAGCGAGGCGCGGUCGCAACACGACUGCAAUAACAACACAAAUAACUUUCCUUUAAAUUAUUAUUUAAAAACAGGAAAUAUGUUUAUCAGUUUGUGAUGAGAGCACGCUGACUCGUGAACCAGGACCAUGUUAAGUUUGGAUAUAUAUAGAUAUUUAUUCAUAGAUAUUUAUGAAUAUAGAUAUUUAUUUACACAUAUUUAUGAAUAUAGAUAUUUAUAAAUGGAUAUAAUUAUUUAUAUUUAUAUUCAUUUAUAUAAAUGUAUAAAUAUAUAUACAUAUAAUUAUAUAUAUAUAUUUAUAAAUAUAUAGAUAUUUAUUUCAAUAUUUAUAUUUAUAAAUAUAUUUACAAAUAUAUAUAUAUACACAUAUUUAUAAAUAUAUAUUUAUAUUUAUAAAUAUAUUUAUAUACAUGGUCCUGGACAAAGACCGGCCUGCUGCUCACUAAGGCGUCCCUCGUGCUGCCCGCUCUGAUCGUUCUGUACCAGUUUAAAUGAAGGGACCUUUCUUUGGGCAUCUGAUAAGAUUGGCAGCCUUAAAGCUUCUUAAUUUAUUUCAUUUGACUUUCUUUCUUUUUUUUAUAAGCAAAAAAUGUUUUUUAUUUAAAUUGAGAAAGAAAAAAAAAGUGCAUAUCAAGAAAAUGAUCCUUGUAAAUAUUGUCGUGUGUAGUGUUUUAGAAAUUCUAUAAAGGUCUUAAAAUCACUACGGAUGCAUAAAGAGCGGCUGAGCUGCUGAAGAUGAGGAGGCGUCCAUGUUUCUACGUCCCUCCUCCUCUUUCUUUUAUAAAUAUAAUAUAACAUGUUCCAUUCCUCUAUUGCGGUGUGUGUGUAUGUGUGUGUGUGUGUAUGUGUGUGUAUGUGUGUGUAUGCUUACAAUGCAAUGACAACACAAGCACCCAAACCAGCUCCAAAAGAAAAUCCACACGAAAUUCAUUGUUUUUGUAUGAAAGUGAAUUAUUUACAAGAGAUCCGAGUCCUCUGAUUGGAGGAGACGUCUCAACUCUGAUUGGAGGAGACGUCUCUCCUCUGAUUGGAGGAGAAGUCUCUCCUCUGAUUGGAGGAGAAGUCUCUCCUCUGAUUGGAGGAGACGUCUCUCCUCUGGAGGAGACGUUUGUCUGUUUGUGUUUCGGCAUAUUAUCUUUUUUGAUUAUUGAAAUUUGUACGAUGGAGAUUUUGUUUGUUUUAUAUCAUUGUUCUUGUCAAAGUUCACCAAUAAAAUGAAACUUGUAAAAAGA